UGAUAAAUAGCGAAAUGUGUAAAAUUGAAAAGCUUUGCAUGUCUACACACUUUAUAUAAUAUAGCUAGCUCAAGGUACUGGUGCCGGUGGUUUGUACACCAGAUCAGAACAGAGCAGCUAUGGAUGACUUGCAAUCGAUCUUAAAGCUCAAGAAGAAGUUGACUGAAGCUGUGGAGCAAGGAAAAGAGGAGGGCUAUGUUCUUAAAGUUCUCCAUCGACUGUCACAAGUACCGAUGACGAUUGAAUUGUUACAGAACACUCAGAUUGGAAGAGACGUGAAUGCACUUCGUAAAAUGUCCAACACCAUCAAAACAGAGUCGAAAGCCCUCGUCCAGAAAUGGAAACGACUUUUACCACCAGCCGAGCCUGGCCACCCACCACAGCCUAAACCAACCAAUGAAAGACACACACAUGCACAGACAGGUAGAGACGAUGAUGUUACAAUACUACAUGGGACAAAGCCUCAUAAGUCAUCAUCUAAGUCAAGAUCGAGAAGCAAAGCUGGCUCAUCUAAAGAACCUAAAAGCCUUGAUGACUUCUCCAAGGCUCUAAUGGGAAUGCCUGAAACACUCUCCAACAACGACACCAUGGAUUGUUUAGAUACUGAGUUCCCGGCCAUUGCCACACCCUCGCAUAGAGUGGCCCACAGAACAAAGGACAGUCUCGGGCCUUCGGAGUCUAUUACUAAACUACGAUCUAUCAGUCCACGACCCGUCCCUCAUGAGGUACACAAUGGUCAGCUCAGUAGCCUUGCUACGCCAAGCUACUCUUCAACGUCACCACAACAGACUAACCACAAGAAAAGGAAAGCUGAUGUGGCUGGCAGUACGGAUAUUGUUGCUCUCUCCAAGAAGUCUCGCACACAGGUUUACUCUGGCAAGAAAGCUUCAUCUGGUCCACAGUUUGUGACUCCUCUCUUUGAUCUGUGCAUAAAGGUCCUCAUCGACAACAUUGACGAUAUUGAAGAAGUUGGAGGAAUUCCCUUCUAUGUAUUGGAGCCUGUUCUAUCAAGAUCCACCGCAUCUCAACUCAUGAGGCUUGAAGAAUACAAUCCACAUUUUACUGAAGACAGUGAUGGCCUGUGGGAGAAGCACUGUCGUAAGGAGUUCAAAGGAGCAUUACCAAGAGGUCACCAAACAUGGAAGGAAUUGUACAUUGAUAGACUUGAAGAUCGUGAGAGAAAACUGCGAAGCCUCACUGCGAGAAUUAGUGCAACAGAGAAGGCAAGACAAGAUCCAAUUCGUAAAGUGAUAAGCACUGUGGCCACAAGAAAGCCUGGUCGUAGAGGGGCCAGUAGUGUGGCCUUCUUCCCAGGGAGGUCAGGACCGUCCUCCUUGGAACAGAAGGUGAAAUCAAAACCUCUAAUGAAGGCAACCAUGAAAAUGGCUCAGCAAAGAAAUUCCAGGAUGCGCUUUAAACCCAGUCAGAGAUAGUUUGUGGUUAACUACGGUCUGUCUAGUUUGUUUGUGCACUUUUUGUUGUGAAAUGUUUGCAUUUAAGUUUUUCUAUCCGGGGUAAAUAAUAGAUCAUCCCAAGUACGUCUACGAACCUAGUGCGCAUGCCCUGUAACAAUAAUUAUUACUUUUCGUUCCAGCUGCAUUGUUAUGGGUUGAUCAAAGAGUAUGCAUGAAUGAUUGUUGUCAAUGAUCAGAGAUAUUUCGUACUUGCAACAGAUUCUUGCACUCACUGUUUCAAGAAAUCUUAUGAUUGGUUACAUUGUUAGCUAUAUAAUUAUGUAUGUCAGCAUUGCUAGUAAAGUUAAAGCGGUGAUGGUAAAAAUGGUAAAAAUUAAGUGCAUGAUAAUUAUCAUGCUAUGCAUAAAUUUAUAGAGUUGAACUGAAAAAUAAUGACGAAAAUGAUGAUGAUGAUGCAAGUAUUCAGAUGUAUUUAGUCAUAAUUUUUGUUUCGCAACUGUAGGGUCCUUUGCUGUAAAUGUUCCUCGAGAUGUCGAACCACAUCGGUUCUUGUACAAUGGAAUAACCCAUCUUCUUGUAAAAAGGCACAGCAAAUGUUGUUGACACAAUUCCCACUUUAAUAUACUGCUCAUUCUUCGCUUUGUCCUCCAUAGCUUGCAAUAGUUUCUUCCCAAUGCCACAUUUUUGGUGGAAGGCACUCACAUACAGUGUUUCUAUUUGUAUGUCACAUUCGUGCUGUUUAGGAACUCUGUGUUGCUCGUUGGUGUUCAGGUAGCCAAAUCCAAGUUCUUAUACUCAAACAAGCUCCUGUCAAACUGCCAGUUUGGCUUCAGACCAAAAUCUUCAACUCAAGAAGCCCUCCUAUCUGUCACUAACGACUGGCACAAACUUCUAGAAAAUGAUCACCAAGUGGCAACUGUGUUCUUUGACGUCAAGAAAGCAUUUGACUCAGUACCCCACCCACAGAUCAUAUCCUCUCUCCAAGUCGUAGGCAUUUGUGGCAACCUACUGCAUUGGAUAAAAGACUAUCUUACCAACAGAGAGCAAGGGGUAGUCCUGGAGGGAACUAUGUCAGACCCUGUUGCAGUGACCUCAGGUGUCCCACAAGGGUCAAUCUUAGGACCGCUAUUAUUCAACAUUUUCAUGAACUCAAUUGCUAACAUCAACCUGUCCACCAAUGCCAAACUCAUUCUAUACCCAGACGAUAUCUUUCUCUACAAGCCCAUAAACUCGACAAUUGAAACUCAGGACCUACAGGGAGACGUCAAUGAAAUAAACUACUGGAUGCAAUCUCACGGCCUCACAGCAAACCACUCCAAGACCAAACUGCUUACAAUAACUCGCUCUACACGCACUAUCCCAAUGAAUAUAGAUAUAAACAACCAUCGGAUCUCCCCAUGUGAUACUGUAAAGUACCUUGGUGUUACUAUCAAUAAUGAUCUAAAAUGGGCAUGUCACAUACACAACACCUGCAAGAAGGCCAAACAACAUCUUGGCUUCAUCCAUCGCAAGUUCCAUAAAUCACCACCUCAGAUCAGGAACCAGAUCUACCGCACGGCUGUUCUGCCUAAGUUAGACUAUUGCGGUGCAGUCUGGGACCCUCAUCACCACACAGAUAUAAAAAAACUGGAAAGCGUCCAAAAAUUUGCAGGGAAAAUUGUAACGAAGCAGUGGAGGGCAGAAUACCCUGACCUGCUUGCCUCCUUAAACUGGAAACCUCUGUCAUCUCGAAGGAAAAACCAAAAACUGAAAGUCUGCUUUAAUAUACUUAAUAAUUUAUCUAUAAUAUCUCCCAAUGUUUUCACCCUCCAUCCUCGCCCUUCCCCCCGUCACCCUCAUAAUCAAAUUAUUUUAAAACCAUAUGUUAAAACCCUAGCCCAUAGACAUUCCUUUUUUGUAAGCGUAAUCCCCAUUUGGAAUUCCCUUCCCCUAAAUGUUAUCAGUAGCCCUAGCCCAUCUGCUUUUAAAUUAUCCCUGUCAAAAUUAUAGCAAUAAGUUAAAAUUUUUUUUUUUUUUCCUUUUUUUUUCUUUUUUUUCACUUAAGUACACCUGCACCUGCACCUUUACUUUUUGGUUAUGGACUGACUUCAUUAUUAGCUUCAUUUAGCUACCUUGUCAUAUCCUGUAUGCUUCCUCUGCAUCAAACAUUAUAAAGAAAAAAAAAAAAAAAAAAAAUUCACACCUUUUACUCGUAAAUCCACCCACGCAUAUUUGUGCUUUGUCAGCAUUCCAUGUGUUUACUUCUCCACUCUAAAUAUAAUAGUAAGAAACUGCAGACCUAUGGGUACAGGAUCUUUGGCAGUGGUUAUCAGUGGAGCAACUCUGCUUUUGGUUGUCAUUGUGGUGGCACCAUUUGCUCUGUGCUGUUUUUUUCGUAGGAGAAAAAGGGAUGAGGAAUCUAGUCCUUUGUUGGAGAGUAACCUUCUGGCUAUAUCUAGCAAACCAGUCAAAAGAGACUCAUAUGGUGGGGCUAGUAGGUUGUCUCCUACCAAAUCUGACCCUCCUCUGACAUCCGCACCAGCUGAUGCUCCCACUACUAGUAGCAAGCAUGCACAGUCAGUGAGGCAAAAGUAUAGAUUGGGAGGAAAAACGGAACAAAACUCACAGCAGGUAAUUCCUCCCCAGGCAUCAGCAUCAGCUGAGGCUCCCAAUACUGAUAUCGUAGCGAUACAUGAGAAGAAGUCAACACAGUCAGUGAGGUCCAAGAAUAGAUUGGGAGGAAAAAUGGACAAGAAUGCACAGGCAUUGGGUGAACGAAAAGACAAAUUAAAAACUAUUGAGAGGACGUGUGGAGAACUUGAUGAUAAAGCAGCUGGGUUCCUUUCUCUGGCAGAUGAUCUAGUAGCCAAAAAGAAAAAGAAGAAAAAGUCCUCUAGAAAAUAAAAUUGACAACUUGACUUAAGACUAAAGUUAAAUGGGGAUGUUUUUCUUUGCACAUUGUUCUCUCCGCUGUUUUCAUGUGUUUCCUUUUUGUGUAAUUGGUGUGUAUAUAGCAAUGGCUAUGAGCCAUAUAAAGGUUAUUGAUUGAAA